GGGAGGAAGAGAACGGGGGAGGCCCAGAGAACCUCCAAGUGGCCCUCAGCCAGGAGCCUCCAUGGGAUUCCAGAGGUCCUUGUCUAGGCAACAGGGCUGGGCUGUGGUUGUCUAGGGAAGUGAGGUGAAGGUCCCAAGAUGGGUGGGGCCCGAGAGCCGGACCCCAGGUACCCACCCCCGACACCCACCACCCACAGGAGCAGGGGACAAGUGGGAGCUGUGAGCGCAGUGGAGCCCGGGUGCCAGGCGCGCUGCAGCUGAAGGUCUGGAGGUGACAGGUGGCCCGAGGUCGUGGGAGCGGGGCUGUCCCGCCGGUCUCCCAGGCGGCCCUGGCGACUCCCGCUGCACCACCCCUCCGGCCCCCCCACGCCCGCGGAACCGCGGUCCCUUUAAGGAGGCCCGGCGGACCCGGACUUCCUGGUGCUGCCACGGCCAUGGCCGCAGAACAGCUGGAGGAGAAGCUGUCGUGCGCCAUCUGCCUGCUGCUCUACCGGGACCCGGUGACGCUGCCCUGCGGCCACAACUUCUGCGGGGGCUGCAUCCGCGACUGGUGGGGCGGCCGCGAGAAGGAGUGUCCCGAGUGCCGGGAGCCCUUCCCCGACGGCACCGAGCUGCGCCGCAACGUGGCGCUCAGCGGCGUCGUCGAGGUGGUGCUCAAGGGGCCUGGGUUCGAGCCCGCCCCCGCCCCCGCCCCGGACCCGGGAGCGCGCUGCCCCCGGCACGGGUGGCCGCUGGAGCUCUUCUGCCGCACCGAGGGCCGCUGCGCCUGCAGCGCGUGCACCGUGCAGGAGUGUCGCCACCACGAGAGGGCGCUGCUGCACACGGAGCGCCGGGAGCGCGAGGCACAGCUGAGGACUAUAUGGGAAGCCACCCAGCAGCAGGUCGCCCAGGCUAAGAGCCAGCUCCAUGAACUGCAGCAGCAGAGCAGGCAGAUCCAGAACUCAGCCAGUACCAUGGCUUCGGUGGCCUCUGGCAAAUUCUGCUGUCUGCUGCGUGCCCUGGAGAUGCGGCAGGCCUUGGCACUAAGGAAUAUCGAGACGGCCAGGACGCGGGCACUGACACAGGUCCGGGAAGAGGAGCAGCGACUGCAGACCCACCUGCAGGCCUUGGCUCACUAUGAAACCAAGACCCGGGGCCUCUUGGAGCAGCAGGAUGACAGGACCUUUCUCCAGGAAUCACAGCUCCUGGUGCCCCCAGGGCCUCUUGGACCACUGACUCCCCCUCAGUGGGAUGAAAACCAGCUGACGGACAGCCUGAAGCAGUCACUGAGCCGGCUGUGCAGCCUCGUCCUAGAGGAGGGGGACCCGCCCCAGGUCCCCGCUGAGGUUGUUAACCGGCACCCCCUGGAGGACCCAGGACCCCAUGUGCCAGUCCAGAGCCCGAUAUGUCCAGUGAGGAGGCAACUCUGGCAGAAUUACCGUAAUCUGACCUUUGACCCAGACAGUGCCAACCGCCACCUCCACCUGUCCCGGCAGGACCAGCGGGUGAAGCACUGCCGCAAGCCCCGUGGCCCAGCUGAGCCCAGGAACUUUGAGCUCUGGCAGGUGCAGUGCAGCCAGAGCUUCCACGCCGGGCGACACUACUGGGAGGUGCGCAUCUCCAGCCACUCGGUGACACUGGGUGUCGCCUACCCAGAGCUGCCACGGCACAAGCAGGGGUGCCACACAGACAACAUUGGCCGAGGACCCAGCUCCUGGGGACUCUGCAUCCAGGAGGAUGGCACCCAGAUCUGGCAUGACGGGCAGUCCCAGCGCCUCCCAAAGGUGUCAGGGCAGCUCCUAGGCAUGGAUUUGGACCUGACCUCUGGCCGCCUUACCUUCUACAGCCUGGAACCUGAGACCCAGCUCCUGCACACUUUCCACAACAUCUUCACCCAGCCCCUCUACCCGGUCUUUUGGCUCCUGGAGGGUAGGGCCUUGACUCUGUGCCAUCGGGCUGAGGCCAAGCGCCCUCCAGCACUCCAGUUAGAGACCUCGGGCUCCGCAGAAGAAAGCACAGGAUAGAGUUCUCUGACAACAGCAGGACCAACAUGCCUGUAUGGCAAAAACUGCCCCAGCCCCUAAGAAGAUAGGAGAGAGAGAGAAAGAACCAGACAUCACUCUGGCACAUGUGUGCCAGGGAUUGAACUCAAGACCUCAUGUUUGAGAGUCUGAUUCUUUAUCCACUGUGCUACCUCCCGGACCACUUGUUUUGAUUUCUAAUUUGGUGUCAGAGAUCAAACUUAGUGUCUCGUGCAUAUGCUCUGCCAUAGAGCCACCUCUGCAACCCUCAGAGCAGUUUUUUUUUUAACAAGCCUUUUUCAUAUUCCAGCAUUUCUUACAAAAAUUGGAAUUUAUCAACCCAUCAUUGGACAUUCGAUUUUUUUUUUUUUUAAUAACACUGCUCAGUUCUGGUUUAUGGUGGUGCUUGCACCUCAGAGUCUCAGGCACAGAAGCUUAUUACACAGCCAUUAUGCUGCCUCCCUAGGCCCCUCCACUUCACUUGGGUCAUGAGAGGUUGCAUUUUUUUUUUUUACAAUAUGUGUGUGUUAUAUCUAUAUGUAUAAAUGUUUAGCAAUGAAAGUUUUGUAUUGGGGAGUCAGGCAGUAGAGCAGCGGGUUAAGUGCACAUAGCGUGAAGGGCAAAACUGGCAUAAGGAUCCCGGUUCCAGCCCCCGGCUCCGCACCUGCAGGGGAGUCACUUCACAAGUGGUGAAGCAGGUCUGCAGGUGUCUCUAUUUCCCUUCCCCUGUCUUCCCCUCCUGUCUCCAUUUCUCUGUGUUCUAUCCAACAACGAUGACAUCAAUAACAACAAUAAUAACUACAAUAAGAAAUAACAAGGGCAACGAAAAGGAAAAUAAUAAUAAAAAAAAGCUUUGUAUUACAAAGGUAACAUGACCAGAUGUCUCUCUUUCUACCUGUCUGUCUCUUACCCUCUAUUAAAAAUAUUUUUAUGGCAUGCCAGGGGCGAGGGGAUUGAACUUGGGACCAUAUGCUUGAGACUUCAACACUUCAUUCACUUCACCACCUCGCAGGCCCUCUCUCAUCCUCUAUCUAGAACACAUAACUAAACAAAGCUCCGCUAGGAGCAGUGGAGUCCUGCAGGCAUAAAGUCCCAGUGCUAACCCUGGUGGCAAAAAAAAGAAAAAACUGGCUCACUUAAAAUAAUUGAUGGGAGGGAGUCGGGUGGUAGCGCAGCGGGUUAAGUGCACGUGGCACAAAGUGCAAGGAUGGGUGUAAGGAUCCUGGUUCGAGCCCCCGGCUCCACACCUGCAGGGGAGUCGCUUCACAGGUGGUGAAGCAGGUCUGCAGGUGUCUGUCUUUCUCUCCCCCUCUCUGUCUUCCCCUCCUCUCUCCAUUUCUCUCUGUCCUAUCCAACAGUGAACGACAUCAGCAGUAACAGUAAUAACCACAACAAGGCUACAACAACAAGAGCAACAAAGGGGGGGGAAAGGCCUCCGGGAGCAGUGGAUUCAUCACUGGUGCAGGCACUGAGCCCCAGCAAUAACCCUGGAGGCAAAACAACAACAACAACAACAAAAAUUGAUAUUAGGUGUCGGGCGGUAGUGCAGUGGGUUAAGCGCAGGUGGUGCAAAAGCACAAGGACUGGUGUGAGGAUCCUGGUUCGAGCCCCCGGCUCCCCACCUGCAGGGGAGUCACUUUACAAGCGGAGAAGCAGGUCUGCAGGUGUCUAUCUUUCUCUCCCCCUCUCUUUCCCUCCUCUUUCCAUUUCUCUCUGUCCUAUCCAACAACGACGACAUCGAUAAUAACUACAACAAUAAAACAGUAAGGGCAACAAGUGAAUAAAUAAAUAUUAAGAAAAAACAAUGGUGGUCCGGGAGGUGGUGCAGUGGCUAACCCACUAGACUCUCAGGCACAAGGUCCUGAGUUCAAUCCCCGGCACCUGGCAGCACAUGUACCAGAGUGAUGUCUGGUUCUUUCUCCUCCUAUAUUUCUCAUUAAUAAAUAAAAUAUUUAAAAAUUUCUUUAAAAAAUAAUUUAUAUUUUGUACAAUCAACCUCAGAACUGAUAGAGGAAAUGCAAUGUCAAAAUGUCACUCCCUGGCUCACCCCAGAAGGUGACAGUGGAUGAAGUGUUGAAUCCACAACAACAAAGCCUGACUCGAGUCUCUGCCAUGGUGUGUGCUAGACUGGUGCCCUGCUAUUUGUUCUCAUUUCUUCCCUCUCAGACACAAAUAUCUAGGACUUGAAGAGAUGGCAUAGUGGUCAUGCAAAAGAUUUUUUUAAAAAUUAUUAUUAUCUUUAUUUAUUUACUGGAUAGAGACAGCCAGAAAUUGAGAGGAGGAGGGGGAGAUAGAGAGGAAAGAGACAGAGAGACACCUGCAAACCUGCUUCACCUCUUGUAAAGCUUUCCCCCUGCAGGUGGAGACUGGGGGCUCAAACCUGGGUCCUUGUGCACUGUAAUAUAUGUGCUCAACCAGGUGCACCACAAAAGACUUUUAUGCUUGAGAUUCCAGCAUCCCUGGCACCAUGAUAAACCAGAGCUGAGCAGUGCUCUGGUAAAAAAAAAAAAAAAAAAAAAAAGCUGGUGGUGGCUCACUUGGUAGAGUAGCUACUUAACCAGGUGUGCCAGCAUCUAGCCCCUGCUGCUGUUUUUGUUUGUUUGUUUUGUUUUUGUUUUGGUGUUACUAGGGCCUAUGCUGUGGGCUUCUCCCACUGCCAUGUGGUGACCGGGCUGUGCAAAUGCAACACAGACACCUACCCUCACAGUCUUUUUUUUUCCUUUCUCUUUCCAAUAUCAGCUGGAGUGAGAGAGACAAACACCCUGGCACUCUGCUACUGGUGAAGCUCCCCCAGCCUGAUGUUUCCAUGUGGAUUGGGGGACUCUUGCAUGCUGAAGUGUGUCAAGCCCUCUACUGGGAGAGCUGUCUCCUGGCUUCAUAUCGAUCUAUCUAUAGAUGUGAGAUACAGAUAUAGGUUUGUUUGUUUGUUUAUAGAGACAGAGAAACGGAGAGGGAAGGGGGAGAUAGAGAGGGAGAGAAAUAGCUGGUCAUCCCACACAGUAAUGUGUGCUCCUCAGCGCACCACUGCCCAGCCCUUGGUUCCGUAUUUUUAACAUUAUCGAGGGUAUAACUUACAUAUAAUACAGUGCACCAGGGUGGGGGUAUAGCAUAACAGUUAUGCAAAGAGACAGUCAUGCCUGAGACUCUCAAGUCCCAGGUUCAAGCCCCCGCACCACU